AUGGCCGAUAUUAUUCGUCAUCAAUAUCAAAAUGAUGAACUUGUACAUAAAUUACGUUCAAUGUUAAAUGAUUUACCAACAUUACGUUCAAGAGCAGUAAAAAAAUUAAAACAUUGGCGUGAAGCAGCUAUUAAACGUUUAUUAAUGAAACAAAAAGAAUUAGAAAAAACAUUAUUAGAUAAAUUUGAACGUUUAGAAUUUGAUACACAAUUAUUUGUUGAAAAAAUUGAACGUAAAAAAUCGACAACCGGUUCAAGACGAUGGAAUUCUGAACCAUUAGGUUAUGAUAAUACAAAACAAAUUGAACGUAUUAGUAUUAAUUUAAAAUCAAUUAGAGAAGAAUUAGAACAAUCAAAAUUAUUAUUAGUUGAUGGUAUUGAUCCAAAUAGUUUAGAUAUUGUUGAUAAAAUACAUACAAUGACAAUGAGUCAACAAUUAUUAACAAAACAAAUUCAACAACAAAAAAAUAAUUCAAUUAUUAAUAAACAUUCAUCAACAACUAGUGGUACACGUUCAUAUGAUAUAUACGAAUUAGGUUCAGAAUUAAAACGAGUACUUGAUAUAUGUACAAGUCCACAAUCAUCAACAUCAUUAUCAGCAGAUGAGCAGUCGCCUCUUCAAUCAUUAGAUAAUAUUAACAAUUCCGAACAUUUGUAUGAUGCAAAUAUUCGACGAACAACGGCGAUCCAUGAACCAUUUGUUCAACGAGAUAAUCAAUCUCAUCAACAAAAACGUUUAGUGAAUGGAUCACAUACAUCGACAGAUCAACGUCGUGAUUCUCAAACAUUAAUAACCAAUGAUUCUUCAUUAUCAUCACAGCCUCCACCGCACUCACCUCCCACACAAUCAUCAUCUUCAAAUUCAUCAAUAAAUAAUGCAAACAUAAAUAAUAAUAACAAUUGUCAUAAAUUAUUUCAAAUUGAAUCAUUUGAUGAUUCAAUUAGAAGAUUUCAACGUUUAAGAGAAAUAAGAAAAAAUCUUCGUACAAAAUACGAUGAUCAACAACAGAUAAAUCAAAUUUCAUCCAAUUCGAUUAUUGAUGAAAAUAUUGAACCACAAUUUAUAGAACAAAAACGAUCGAUUCCCAUUCCUUCAUCAAAUGAACGAUCUAAAACUCAAACAAUUAAUAAUUUUUCAUCAUCAGCUCCGUCCACUUAUCUCAUCAAUGGUGUUAAAACAUUUACAAAAGAUCGAAAAACAAUAGCAUUGGACCAUUUAAAUGAACCAUUAGAUAUAAAUAAUAAUAAUAACAAUAAAUUAAUGACAUCACCUACUUCACAAAUCCGUCAUACAUUACUAGCACGUGAACCAAUAAGUAUUCCAAUUGAACGUGUACAAUUAAUGAGUGGCACAACAUUAAAUGUUGAUCCAGAUAUUUUAGAAUUAUAUGAUAAAGCAACAACAACUAGUAUGACUAAUGAUAGUAAAUUUAGUAAAUCAAAAAUACCAACUAGUGUUAAAAAUUAUCAUAAUCAAGCUGAAAAUUCUUCUUCUCGAAAAAUAACAUCAUCGGACAAUAAUUACGAUCGUCGACAACGAUCAAAAAUUGUAGAAAAACAAAUUGGUAUAGAAGAAACAAAUAAACAUGAUAAUUAUUUUUCAACUCAUAAUCAUUCUCAUAAUGAUACAUCAUUUGACAAUCAAAUAUAUGGAUGUAAUACAAAUGAUGAACAACAACAGCAACAUCAUAGAUCAACGCAUACAACAAAUCGAAAACAUCGAUCAGAAUCAACAAAUAAUACUAAAACUACAACGAGUAAUCGACAUACAAACACAAAUCGUUUACAAAUUCGACGUUCAAGUGAUGAUCAAGAUGACAAUCAAAAAAAAAUACAAAGACGGCAUACAGAUAUGGGAGGAGGAGAUGGUAAAAUUUUAUCGAGACAUUUACUCAGUUCAUGGUAUGCUAUUGAUAAAGAACAUUGGACAAAUAUGUUAGAAAAUGGUUGGAGACCAACACAUGAUCAUCAAGGAGUUAAACAAAUAUCAUAUCACAAUUCAGAUGACAGUCGACACCAUAAUAGUCCACAUCAACAUCGUCAUAAUAAUAGUCAUCGACGUACACAGUCUCCUGAUUUCUAUGAAAAAGUCUCACGUUUUGAAUAUACAAAUUUAUUUGAACAAUUAGAAUUUACUUAUCAACGUACGAUAAAUUUAGGCAAUGAAUUUUGGAGAUUUCUUGAAAUAAGUGGUGAUAAUCAAUUAUGUUUAUAUCAUCAAUUAAGUAAACAAUUAAUAUUGUAUAAACCGGAUGAAAGUCUCGUUUCUCUCGUAUGGCCUUAUGAUGGUAUUGUUGAUAUAUCUUAUUCAAAAUCUAUGGCACUUUGGUUAAUAGCCACACAAACUCAAAUAUGUUUAUGCAAUAAAACAUUAACAAAAAUUUUACAAUCAAUAGAUAUUAUUGGCGAUUGGCCAAAACGUAUAACAACAUCACAUUCAUCUAUUUUUCAUACACAUAAAAUAACACCUAUAUCUCAACCAUCACCUACUCAAUUUUUAUUACAACGUUAUGAUUAUAAAUUAAACUGUUUAGCUAAACAUAUUUUAGAAUCAUCAACUAUAUGGGAUAUAUCAACUGAUGAUAAUACACAACAUUUAGCGAUAUUAUGUGAUGUAGCAUUACUCAUAUUUGAUUAUAAUUUAAAUUUAUUAAGACAAAUUGAAGUAACUGGCUUUAAAGUAUCCAAAGAUCAUUUUGGUGGAUGGUUAAUUGCUGAUUAUAAUGCAAAUUGUAUAUGGCAAAUAAUGAGAAAUGAUUAUUUAAAACCAAAAAAAAUUCUAAACGUUGAACGACCGUGGUCGGUUAUAUUUGAUCGUUUAAAUUGGAGAUUAGUUACAUUAAGUGAAACACAAAAUCGUGCAAAACGAUUACUCUUCUUUAAUAUGAUAAAUAUUCCAAAUUCAUUAUUAUCGACAACAACGAUUACAACCUCUUAA